AUGGGUUGUAUGAGCUCAAAGCAGCUCGAAGCGGGGGAUGACAAAGAAGCUAUCCAGCGAAAUGCGAGGAUAGAAAAGAGCCUGAAGAACGAUAAGAAAGUGAUGGAUCGGACGAUCAAGAUUCUGCUUCUUGGUGCUGGUGAAUCGGGGAAAUCAACCAUCAUUAAGCAAAUGCGCAUCAUCCACUCGGGAGGUUUCCCAGAAGAUGAGCGCCGCCAAACACGAGCAGUGAUCUAUUCAAACAUUGUGGUUGCUUUCAAAGUUCUUCUGGACAUUAUGCGAACGGAGAAUAUCGAUUUCGAACAAGAAGGCACAAGAGUCAGUGAUACAGAAUUCGUGGACAAUCUAGAGCCCGAUGUGGGUGUCGAGGAAGCAUUUUCCGACCUUCGAGUUCGCGAUGCAAUGAACGAAAUGUGGAAAGACGGCGGAGUUCAGAAGGCUGUCUCGAAGGGCCAUGAGUUCGCUCUUCACGACAACCUGAAUUACUUCUUCCAUUCGCUCGACCGAUUAUUCGAGUCCGGCUGGCUUCCGGACAAUCAGGAUAUGUUACAGGCGCGUUUGCGAACAACCGGUAUCACAGAAACACUAUUUGAACUAGGCCAGAUGAAUUUCCGGAUGAUGGACGUUGGAGGACAGCGGUCGGAGCGAAAGAAAUGGAUUCAUUGCUUCGAGGGUGUCCAGUGCUUACUCUUCAUGGUUGCAUUGUCCGGAUACGACCAAUGUCUGGUUGAGGACCAGAAUGCUAACCAAAUGCAUGAAGCAAUGAUGCUUUUCGAGUCAUUGGUGAACGGCGAAUGGUUCAAACGAAAGCCCAUUAUCUUAUUUCUCAACAAGAUUGACCUCUUCAAAGACAAGCUCGCGAUAUCUCCCAUCUCAAAGCACUUUCCCGACUACAGCGACUCGAACACCGACUUUGAUGCGGCAGCAAAAUACUUCGCCGAUCGCUUCCGAGGUAUCAACCGGAUUCCGGAGCGAGAAAUCUAUAUUCACUACACCAACGCCACGGAUACAACUUUGUUGAAGGCUACCAUGGACUCUGUACAGGAUAUGAUUAUCCAGAAGAAUCUCCACACGCUCAUACUCUAA